AUGCGCGCCCAGGGACUACGGCAUCUGCAGCCAAAUUCGAGCGGUCUACGACUAGCCACGUCGUCGCUACAGCCUUGUUCUCAUACUGCUCCCCCACGGCCUUCCCGACUGCGGAACACUAGUCCUGCACUAUAUAACCGCUCGGGUCACACCGCCACAGUAUCUUCUCCUCUAUCGUCCACGACACUCGCGCCCUGCUACACGCUCCCGAGACGGCCGUCUACAUACUCGGCUAACCACGUCCGCGCCGCAUCUCGAACCGGACACGUGAACAACAAUACGGACACCUACGUGUCACCCAGAUUUAGAUUCACAGGCGCGCUCUAUUCUCCCCCUGUCCGUGCCUUUUACCACCACGCACGGAAACCACACACUCUCUCGUUUCAAAUUAUGGAAUCCUCAGCUACUCUCACCCAGCGUCGUGGUCACGCAAACAAGGCCGAGGAGCAUGACCACCACCAUGAUCACGACGACCACUCUCACUCUCAUGGGCUCUUUCAUUCCCAUUCACACUCCCAUGCACACGGAGGAGAGGCAGGUGAAAUCAUGAAGGCUCUUUCCGGAGCAGGUGACGCAGGGAGCAGAAUAACACUCAUUGGUCUCGCAUCCAAUGUUGUCCUCUCGGCAACAAAGGGCAUCGCAGGCGUAUACUUGAACUCGGCAGCCCUCGUCGCCGACGCAGCCCAUUCCCUUAGUGACCUGAUGGGUGACUUUGUCACACUCGCGUGCUGGAAAAUAUCCCGCAAACCACCAACUGAUGCAUAUCCCUACGGAUACGGCAAGUUCGAGACACUAGGAACAACAGUCGUCUCGUUGAUUCUUGUCGGAGGCGCUGCUGCUAUCGGCUUACAUUCCUAUACCAUGUUGCUGGACGCAUUGACACCAACAGUAGCGACCAUUCAACCCGGGCCGAUGCACGAUUUCUUGCAAUUUUUAGUAGGGACCAAAGAGAGCGUUGGCGAAGUCUUGUCUCAUACUCACGGACAUGCUCAUAUCGACGAAUCCGCCGCUUUGGAUCCCAACGCAGCAUGGUUUGCACUGGCCAGUGUAGUCGUUAAAGAGUGGAACUAUAGGGCUACCAAGGCCGUAGCAGACGAAAUGAAAUCCCCCGUCCUGCUUGCAAACGCCUACCACCACCGCUCAGACGCCUACUCAUCCCUCGUCACCCUCCUCGCCAUCAUCGGCACAUGGGCAGUCCCCACUCUCCCCCUCGACCCGCUAGGCGGAAUGCUGGUCUCCCUCUUGAUCCUCCAACAAGGCGUCUCGCUCUGUUAUUCCGCCUUUGGCGACUUUACAGACGCCGGCGUCUCACCUUCUACACGCAAAGAACUCUCUUCUCUCCUGGACCACCUGGUCGAACCGAGGAGCUUGUUGGGAAUCAGGAAUGUACGCGCUGUCAGGAGCGGCAGCCUCAUGUUUGUCGAUUUGACCGCGGACGUCCCGGCCGGGAUGACCGUGCUCGAUGCGCACGACGUUGAGAAGCGGGUCAGGGACGCGAUUAUGCAAGGGCGCAGCGAGGUCAAAGAAGUCCGUGUCCAUUUGCAUGCUGUUGAAGAGGGCCAGUCAGUGAAUGGAAACGCCAACGGAAAGAGCGACUUGCCUUGUUAA